GGUUGAAUUUUUUUUUUUUUUUUUUUUUUUGGCAAGCAAGAACCGAACAAACUGAACCCCUAGUUCGUGCCUUUAGUGGUAUGAACAGUUAAAAACUGGUUAUCACCAUCUUCCUUUCCACUGAUGUAAGAGAGACCAAUCUCCAUUUACAACAGUAGCAAUGCUUGUUCGUCGCAUGGGUUAUUUUUCACCUUCUUUUUCUAAAACCUCACCUUUCUUCUCUCUUCUCACUAAAACCCCUUAUCCAUUUAACCAUAUCAAACCUAUUCACACCAAAUUCCAACAAACCAAUCUUUUUUCCAUGAACAAAAAAACCCAUCUUUGUACUUCUGCUUCUUUCCUUCAAGAACCCACAAAGACAUUAUCUAGCAGGUCCAGGAAGAAAGCCCGCCAUGAUGCUCCUGAAAGUGUGUUGCGCCAUCAACUUGACCAAUGUUCUAAACGCGGUGACUUAACUGAAGCCCUUCGCUUAUAUGAAGAAGCUAAGUUGAAUAGCAUUCCCCUCAAUGUUCAUCAUUAUAAUGUGUUGCUUUAUCUUUGUUCUGGUUCUGAGACUAAGGAGUUUGGUAUUGAAAAGGGGUUUAAGAUUUUCAAACAGAUGGGUGUAAAUGGUGUUGCUCCUAAUGAGGCUACUUUUACUAGUGCUGCUAGAUUGGCAGUUGCUAAGCAAGACCCAGAAAUGGCUUUUGAUUUAGUCAAGAAAAUGAAGAGUUUUGGUGUUCCACCUAAGUUAAGAUCGUAUGGGCCAGCGUUGUUUGGGUUUUGUGAUAAGGGUAUGGCUGAUAAGGCUUAUGAAGUAGAUGUACAUAUGAGGGAAUCUGGUGUUGUUGCUGAGGAAGCAGAGCUUUCUGCAUUGUUAAAAGUUAGUUCUUUUUCCAACAGGGAUGAUAAAGUGUAUGAAAUGAUGCAUAGAUUAAGGGCAAGUGUAAGGCAGGUGUGUGAAGAGACGGCUGGUGUAAUAGAAAAUUGGUUUAAGUCUGAAUUUGCUGAAGAGGUUGGGGUGCAGAAUUGGGAUGUUGGUAAAGUGAAGGAAGGUGUUGUGAAAGGAGGGGGUGGUUGGCAUGGACAAGGGUGGUUGGGAAAGGGGAAAUGGAAUGUGGUGAGAGCAGAGAUGGAUGGAUCUGGAGUUUGUCGUUCGUGUGGGGAAAAGCUUGUGUGCAUUGACAUUGAUCCUAAGGAGACGGAGAACUUUGCUAACUCCUUGGCUAAGUUGGCUUGUGAAAGAGAAGUUAAGGCUAAUUUUGUGCAAUUUCAGGAGUGGCUUCAGCGGCAUGGUCCAUUCGAUGCUGUGGUGGAUGGUGCAAAUGUCGGCCUCAUCACUCAACGAAAUUUUAAUUUCUCUCAGCUCAGAAAUGUUGUCAAUAAAUUAAGACAGAUGAGUGGAUCGAAGAAACUUCCAUUGGUUAUUUUGCACAAAAAUCGUGCAACAGGUGGUCCUGCUCAACAUCCUAAUAACAAGAAGUUGUUAGAAAGCUGGAAGAAAGCGGGUGCACUUUAUGCUACUCCACAUGGUUCAAAUGAUGAUUGGUACUGGUUAUAUGCUGCCGUCAGUUCCAAAGGUUUGCUUUUGACAAACGAUGAGAUGAGAGAUCAUUUGUUCCAACUAUUAGGCACUAGCUUUUUUCCCAGAUGGAAGGAAAAACAUCAGAUCCGGAUGACAGCUUCAAGAGAAGACGGACUUAAGCUCCAUAUGCCGCCACCUUAUUCAAAUGUUAUUCAGGAGUCAGAGCAGGGUUGUUGGCAUGUGCCAACUGUUACUGGAGAUGACCUUGAGAUGCCAAGACAGUGGGUAUGUGCUACCAGGAGAAAAGCACUGCACUCUCUCUUUUGACGAACAGGGAAUCAAAUCAUUAACAUAUAAAUGUGGCUUCUGGGGCAGCAUCACUGAAGCAACUAUGCUGUAUACUAGUGAUAAUUUCCUUCGAAGAGGCUGAUAAUUCGAACUUCUCAAAGAUUGUUGUAGAUGGAGAUCAUUAGGAAGAUAUAAAUGCAAAAGUUCUGGAUACAGUCAGCGUCUAUAUAACAGCCUAAUUUCAUUAUCUUGUAUACUAGUUUUUGCUUUUGUAUUCUGGAGUAUUUGGUCAAUUUUUUUUGUAACAAUUUUGCCUGUUACAAGCGUUAAAAGGAAAAAGUUCUGCCACAAUAGAAUAAUGACUUUUGAAGGUCAAAAAGGAUAUUGCUGCAUUUUUAAUACUUGAUUAGCUGGUCCCCUGAGUACAAGAAGAAAAACACCUGUUAAUUGUAAUUUGUUUCCCUCUGAAAAGAAACAUUUAUUUGAUCA